UACCUGAUAUGAUUGACAGCACUUUAGUACAGCUAUUCAAGUAAUGUUACUAAACCACGAGUCAAUGUAUCUACUAUCCAGCACGUCUCCAUAGUAUUCUCUCUGGCUACAUUUCUAGCUCAUGAAACUAUUACAAAUUGGUCAGUGUGAUGAAUUCCUGGUCAUAAAGCCUCCACACUGAAACAAUGUAACAUGUUGUGAAUGCUGGUUCUGUGUGAGCAGCUGUGAAGGAAGCCCAGCGUGUUAAACUGCAAUGAUGUGUAACCCAGGGAACGGAGGAAAAGAUGACGGCAUAAAUCUGUCACCAGCAAAUGUUUGGCAAUUUGACUUGAUAGAUGAUUUAAAUGAUAAUGCAUUUUAAAAUGGUCAUUUGUUAAAUUUCAUUUAUGAUGGACACAUCUUCAAAUUAUUACACAGAACAGAACAGGCGGAAAUGGUCAAAUGUUUGUUUCUGUGCCAUCAGGUGAAGACACUGUACAGUACAAUUUAUUAGAAAUAUGCUCAAGUUAUAUUGUAUUGUGUUAUGUUAUAUGGAAAAUAAGAAAAAGCCGCAUUUGGUCUGCAGAUGUAAACAAUGCUGAUAGUGCCGAUAGAAUAGCUCCAUGAUCAUCUACAGCUGCAAGAUAUUUAUUCACUUAACAUAUUGCAUCUAUUGUACAUUUUUAUGGAAUGAGAUUGUUAGUUAAACAACAUAUUUACAAACGUACAGGUUAGAAUGAUUAUAAACCAAUCAAUUAAGAUUGUAUUUAAGUAAAACUGUCAUACAUUUGUUAUAGCCUCAAAGACAAGACCUUCUUUCACGUCGGCUUUGUCCUGCAGGUGUUGCAGGUUGCUCUCAUGGUCCCAUGGAGAAAGCAGCCUUCGAGAGGUGGCUGGAGUCAGUCUCUGCCACUUUCCUUACUCUGAACGACCAGCAGCGCAACCAGUCUCUGGACCACCUCAUUUCUCAAAGCGGUGCCGUCCAGCUCCGUCAUCUGUCUAAUGGGCUGGAGACGCUGCUCAAGCGCGACUUCCUGCGCCUCCUCCCCCUGGAGCUGGCCUUCUACCUGAUGCAAUGGUUGGAUCCUGAGACCCUGCUCACCUGCUGCCUGGUCUGCAAACAGUGGAACAAGGUGAUCAACUCGUGCACCGAGGUGUGGCAGGGUGUGUGUCGGGAGCUGGGCUGGAGGAUCGAUGAGAACAUUCAGGACGCGCCACACUGGAAGGCGGUCUACCUGAAGGCCAAACUGCGUAGGGUGCAGCUGCAGGAUCAGGAGGCCUUCGAGACGUCGUCCCUCAUUGGCCACAGCGCUCGAGUAUACGCCCUCUACUACAAGGACGGCCUCCUCUGCACAGGUACUGUACACCAGGGAUUCUCAAAGUGGUCCGCGUCAUGAUUUCCUACGUGCUGUAUCAUGAAGAAGUCCAUAUCUAAAGAUCAGGACCGUCGUUUCCAUCACUCCCACCCAUGAUCGCUUAUGAUGUUAUGACUGUGACACAUCACUUCACUCGCUCUAAUAUACAUGUAGAUAGUCCAGUCCAAAUUACGUCCACGAAAUCCAACAUGGCUGACUUCCUGUUGGUCAAAAUAGAAGUAUGUUAUGCGUAUGUAAAAUGUGUUCAUUGAUGAGAGCAAUGAUCCCAUCAAAUACCGUGAACAUAAAAGAAAAUCACUAACGUAUGACAUCACUAACGUAUGACAUCACUAACGUAUGACAUCGCUACCGUUACCUGACGGCUGCUCCACAAACAGACUGAUGGCUUGUUGGUCACAUCUUGUGAUAAAGUUACUUGUGAGGGUUUUAUUGUGUUUGAGACGAUCAGAGUUCUACAAUGUUUCCUUCUCUCUGCCAUGAUGUGAGUCUCACGCUGCACUGAGCCCGAGACAGGCCCUGAUGUAAAUGCAUCUACUGGUUUGG